ACAUGUCGCGACGUACGCAACGCCCGUAGGACUUUCCGAUAAUGUGCCAGCAGGAAUUAAAGUAUAAAAUACCAUUCACGAAUUUGGUCGAGCAAUUUCUUCCGAGGACAGGAAAGCAAAGUUUAUAUCUAUGGAUCUCACUGCGUUGAAUAGAGUGAGAGACGAGAUCGUGGAGAUCGAUGGAGAACACACAGAGAAAGAGUCUGAUUUGUCAGAGGGAAAAUUGCCCGAAGGUAUCGCGGAGGCAGAUAGGGGUGAGAAGAGAAAAUGUGGAGGUGCAGAGGCUGGACUAAGUGGUGAAGAGUUGGACGGCAAAAAAGACGAAAGUUCCGCUACGAAGAAACUCAAAAUUGCCUCAAUAUCAGAAGGAUUAAGUUACGAGGUGGUGGAGGAAGAGGGGCAAAUAGAGCCAGCCCUAAAGAAACUCCGUGAGCCGGGUGAAGGGCUCCCUCUCUUUGCCGUCGACUUAGAGGGGGAAAAACUCAGCCGGGCAGGGGAGCUCGUUAUCCUGUCUGCUGCAACAGAGAAGCACACUUUCUUGUUCAACAUCAAGAAGUUGGGACCCGGGGUGUUCGACAAAGGCCUUAGGGAUCUUCUUCAGGAUCCAGACCGUCAGAAGUUGAUGUUUGACUGCCGCCAGGACUCAGACUGUCUCUGGCAUCAGUACAGCGUCAAACUGACCAACGUACUGGACUUGCAAGUGAUGGAGGUCGUUCAUCGGGGUGAUCACAUGAAACAGAACGCCGUUGUAGCAAUGCUGGCUUACUCGUCAUCCGGGUACCUCCCAAGGGUCAACGGCUUCAAGAAAUGUCUCCAGAAGUACAACGUCCAAGACCAAGGCAUCCUUCAAGCCAAGGAGCGUGGUAGCCAGGUGAUGAAACGUGAAGGGGUCUGGCUUGAGCAACCUCUGCAGAAGGCUCUUCUAGAAUACUCUGCAGCCGACGUCAUGGGGUUUUACAAACUGUACGAGAAGCUGAAAAGCGCCGUGCGUCUGAACAACCACGCCGUAGUAGAGGCAUCGAAGAACUACCUCGAGUUCUUCCGCUCUCGUGCUGUCCGCACCAACGAUACGUUCGAGAGGAACGGGUUCGUACCUUGGCGUAUUUUUCCAACCACACCGGGCACCGGGCCGAUCACCACGUGCCAGAAAUGCAGACAGGGUUUCCCGAGUUCUGAUUUCAAUCAGAGAGGACAACACAUUUGUCCUGUCUGCGUCAAAGUCACGAAGGAAGUCAACAAGGGGUGGUAUUAAAAAAGAGCUGCGAUCAACGGAAAAGUCUCAACAACGACAAGGAAAAAUAUAAACAGUUUUUCAAAACAAAGGUACCGUUGUUCAACCUAUACAUAAGCAAAUUUUAGUUUGCUUGUUCAAACUGGUCAACUAGCUUUAUAUUAUUAUAAAGUAUAACACAGGAAGUGUUAUAUUUUGUCAUGUCAUAAAUUGAAACCAAGGCCCAAUUUCACAGAGCUGCUUAAGCACAUUAAAGACGAUAUUAAGCGCAACAAAAUAACUGCUUACCACUACUAGAAUAUGGUUACCAUGUCACAUGUACAACCUGUGGCGUGUAUCCUGCUCAUAAUAUCUGCUAAUCAGAAAUUUGUUAAGAAAUAUUUUGUGCUUAAGCAGCUCUAUCAAAUUGGACCCAGGGUUGGUUCAAAUCUAAAUUUCGACCGAAACAAGCUGUUCGUGCUUUGUAUGGGUGCAUUACGGACCAGUGUCAAGUCACACAAGUAAUCUUGAGAAAAAAAAAAUCAAAACGCGACUGUGAGCAUUAUUUUUUGUGUUAAACAGCAUAAAGAUCAAAGGUUUAAUGAUGCUCAGACGUUAAUUAAUUUCAACACAUUGACGAACAAAUUUACAAUCAUGUAUACAAUUUUAUUCCUCACUAUUUGUUUAAAUUAAUACGUUAGUUUUGUGAAACUGAAAGUAGGAUACGGAAAUUAUUUGGAGAUGUUUACACUUUCAAGAAUUAAAUACCCAUGCGGGUAAUAAGUACUCAAAUAAUGACCCUUAAACGAACACGUUGCCUUGAAUCGGUCGAGUUGGUCUUUGAAAAGCGUUUGUAACCGUUUGUUAUAAAAUGC